AGCUCAUCAGGCUGCAGCUCCCCAUCUGAUGGAGCAGAGAGAAGACCCAUAUUACACACGGCACCCCUGGACCUGAUAGCUUGUCCGGGAUUUCGGGGAUCCUCUCUCCACACACACUAGUUGCCGGUUUUUUUUCCUGCUCCUAUCUCACAAUUUGUCGCCAGAGGUGUCACACUCAGACCUUGUGUAUCCACCCCGGUGUUCUGUCACACCUCCAUGGACCCUGUGAUUCCAUCUAAUUCGCAGGUCAGUGCAUUCCAUCAUACCUCCUGGGGUCACACCUAAUCAGUGCCAUUCUCUCAUUUAGCCCGGUGCCAAAACCCACAUCCUGCAUGAGUUGGUUAGCUCUAAAAAUACACACAUGCACACCCACCCACACACCCCCUCCCAUUCUUCCAUAACCUGGCACCUCUGCAUGCCAUCCAUACUGCCUGAGCUCCUCACAUUUCCUCCAUUAAAUCAUCAGUCUGGUAAGAAGCCGGGUCAUGAUAAGUUUUUUUGCAAUACCCAGGAAUAAUAUAUUUAUAUAUGUACCUUUUAAGACCCAAGUCCAGACAUAAAACCCCUUUUAUUUGCACUCUGUUUGUUUUCCUAAUUACCCACCAAACCUUAUUAUAUCUGCUUUCCCUGCUCUUGAGUCUGAAAUAAAUGAAUUCCUAUUUUCUUAAACCUUUUUACUUACUUGCUGUCAUAUCCCUCAAUAUUCCAAAGCAGCCAUUAUGAUAAUAUCCCUUUAUGACUAAUUAUAUGUCCUAUCUGAAUUAUAACAUUAAUAUGAAUAUAUUUGAUAAAUAACCUCCUAAUAAUGUGGAUUGUUUAGUUUUUUUUGCACUAGUUUUUUGUUAUGCUGAAUUCAACUUGGACUUGAGUUGGGAAACCACUUAACUGCCCUGGUUCAUGCAAAAUGACCUGGCCUGCCAGCUUGCUAACUACUCAUAUGCCCUCCUUUACACCUUAUUAAUAUUAUCUCCCAUGUUUUCAUUUAUUUUAACAACUGCAAGGGGAUUUAAACAUUUUACAAUUUUUUCCAGAAGUAGUUAUACUUCUUACAACAUUGGGUACCACAAUUUUCAUCUUUGUGAAUCAUCUUCAGUGCUUAUCACUCUCACCAGCCGCUGCCAUCAUAUCCUCAUUUCUUUCACUGAUCAUCUAAGCCCUCCGCCACCCUGCCCCCUCCACUAUCACCAAUACCUGUGGCUUCCUCUUGUCCCCCAUCCCCGGCCACCUCCUCCUCUUCCACCUUGGGGAUGACGGCCGGGGAGUUCACUCAUGGGGGACCAGGAAGGCUACAGCACAGGGGCCCUGGAUGUGCUCUCCGGGGCUGUUAUAAAGCUCUGUCUGUGACUCUGUUGCUAGCGCAAGGAGCAUUGCUUGACCUUUACUUGAUUGCUGGCACUGACCUGUACUGGUGCUCCUGGAUUGCCACAGACCUUGUUGUGGUAGCUGGCUGGGGAAUAUUCUACUUCAAGAACAGCAAGGGCCAGAAAACUAGUCACGGGCCCAUUACUUCCACAGGCUAUGGUCAAGUACAGCGACAUAAGAAAGGGCAAUUCGCUUACAGUCACCUGGCCUGGCUUAUCUAUGCUAUUGCUUUUACCCCAAAAGUAGCUCUCAUACUUUGUACACCCAUAGUAGAUCAGAUUGAAGCUGGAGUACCCCUGGGAAACACAGGGUUUAGACUCACAGUCUCCCUCUCUGUGCCUCUCCUUUGGGCACUUGUUCGUUCACUCAGUAUUGACCCCAGAGGAUGGAUGCAUCAAAGGGCCACUGGCUACUUCCUUGCAUCUUGUUUGGAUCUACUUGAUAGCUAUGCACUUUUGGAGUCCAUGCUGGAAGGAAAACUUCCCCUUACCCCAUUAUUUCGAUACCCACUUCUGGCUGUAUACUUUGUGGCUUUGGUCUCCCCUGUACUGUGGCUUUCUGAAUUGAACUCUGGGUCCUCAGCAGGUUGCUGCCGCCUCUUUCUGAAGCUUCUUUCUGGUUCUCUGGUAGAUGGUCCUCUUCUAGCUGUACGCUGUUUCUUAAUGUUAGGUCCAGCUAGUCAACCAGUCUCUAUCUUCAUGUUGAAGAAUAUAUUUUUCUUGAGCUGUCGUUGGCUUGAAGGGCUUGAACUUUGUUGUCUCCUAAGAGUACCAGGUCCUGACCACGCUGACCGACCACCAGGGCAAUUUAGCCACUGUGUAUCUGAGAAUGACAUGGGUCCUCAUGCCUAUGUCAAUACUCUAGCAGUAACCUCACAGAACUGAACUUUACAACACGUCUACCAUCUAUGUAGUUUCCCUGUAAAUAUGUGGUUGCAUGAAACCUCUGCUGCAUAUUCUUCUACCCCUAAAUUCAUUUUUAUUUAGUUUACACAAGCAAACUGUCCCUCGGGUCUAAGAGAAAGCUUAAAUAUUUUCGAUGAACUGUCCCAAUUUUCUACAAGCGGAAAACAAAGAUGGCUGCUGUAUUAUCUUGGUUAAGAGACUUUCCUGAUUUAAACUGAUGAUUCCCUUGCACAAUAACUGUUCUAAGUUCAUUUUAAAGUUUCAGUAUCUCAACAACCCCGGUGUCUAUGUAGUAUGAAGUUAUGGGAUUUCCAGAGAUUUUUUUUCUU